AAAAAAAAUCCAGUGCUGUGAGGAGCGCGGCUGGCGAGCUCUGCGGAAAUUCCUGGCUGAACGCAAUAAAGAAAAGUGCACAGAUGUCCAACAUCAUCGAAUCCCGGAGUGGAAGCCGGUUUUUCACCUUUCUUGCUGGCAUAUUUGAUACUUUCAAUAAAAAAGAAGAGUGAAAUCCAGUCAAGGCUCCAUCGAUGAUGUUUCCCUCCCUUUCAAGCGGGGAUAUUGUGCACAUAAACAAAUAAGCUUGACAGUGAAAAACCGGGAAACCAGUAGCAGCUGGAAACCUGUGACACUUAAAGAGACAAGAGACACUGUUUGAAGAAUUAUAAAUUUCUUCCCAACAUUAACUGAAAUCAAAAUGGCCGAGCAAGCGACCGGGAAGUCACUCGAGCAGCUGAAAGCAGAAAGGACAGUGGAGAAAAGAGCAUUCACACGACUAAUUAACACCAUAACCAGAGCUUAUCAAGAGAUGACGGAAGAUGAUCUUCACGACAGUUUAAGUAAACUCACUAAGCAAGCAGAGAAAGUCAUGGAAGCGAAUGAUGAUCUUGAAACGGGCAUCGUCGCAGAAUUAGAGGCGGAGCUGGACGCAGACAAGUCAGCUGUGUUAACAGAACAGCAAAAAGGCGACCUUGAAAAGACUGCGAGUGAGUGUGACUUAAAACUGAAAGAAAUUAAAGGUCUUCUUCAAGAAACUCUCUGGGCCAAGUAUGGAGAUCUUGAAUUGUCCACAGCGCUGCAGGUUGCUGAAGCUGAAAGUGAACGUGUCGCAGCAGUAGUUCCAGAUGGAAAUCACGAAGCAUACGACUUCAUGCUCAGUCACCUUCAAAAUUUAGUAAAGACUGCAAAAGACCUGUACAGCCGGUGGCAGCGGUGCAUCCCAUCAGGUGAUCAAAAUAACUUCCGCCAAGGCCUGAGAAGUCUCGAACUCAACGUUACCAGAUUAGUUUCGAGAAAAGCUGAUUUCAUUCGUGCGAGACGAGAGGAAGAGGCAGAGAAGAUAACACCUCCACCGACAAUCUCUAGCUACCCUGUGGCAACAAUUAAGUUAAAGCCCACGUCCCUCCCAAAGUUUACAGGUAACAAACGUGACUUUCACAGAUGGAAAAGAGACUGGGAAGCACUUCAAAAGCAGGGUGAGCCUACUGGUUCCAAGGAGGUUAAGAAGAUUCAGGUGCUUGACAGUCUCGAAGAGAGGAUUGUAAGAGAUCUUCGCCUCACCGCUCAUAAUACAGCAGAUGAUAUUUUCCGUGUCUUGGAAAAUCGCUACGGAAAUGUGACAGCUAUUGCUAUUGAAAUAGUGGAGGAUUUGCAAAAAAUACCUGCUAUAAGAAGUCACCACCCACGGAAAAUAGUCGAAUUAAUCCAAGCAGUAGAAAAAGCACUUGGAGAUUUGAGUGACCUUGGAAACACUGGCGCUAUUAAAAAUCCUUUAGUGACAAAGUCAAUUGAAGGGAAACUACCUGAGUCUCUCAAGAAAGAAUGGCUUGUUCAUGUCUCUGACCAGCAAAGCUCCAUCACACCAGACAACCGGUUUGAUAAUCUGUUAGCAUUCCUCAAAAAGCAAGAGAGCAUUUACGAGCAGCUCGAACAGCUAAGGGAUGAGGAAUCAAACAGAAGGGAGUCAAGAACCGAGCCAAGGUGGGCAAGAACAAAGUCCACAAAAUCAAGCAACGACCAAUCAGGGUGUGUAGUCUGUGGUGACGUUAGACAUAAAAGGAAGCUCUACUUCUGCAGACAGUUCCGAUCACUGAAGCUAGCAGACAAAAAGGCUGCAGUAAGAAAACUGGGAGCUUGUAAAAGGUGUCUCGAAAUCCACGAGGACCAUUCAUUCUGCAAACCCACCUAUCUAUGCAAAAACCAAGCCUGUGAAGACGAGAGUGUUCCUGAGCAUCACUACUAUUUAUGCCCAAGUGCUGAAAGAAAGGAAAGCAGUGCUAUCCAGAAAAAGAGCAAGUUUCAUACUGAAGGAGGCAAAGGCAGAAAAGACUACACAAAAGAUCAAGAAGACUUCCUCAGUAAACUUCCACCAGAAUUAGCACAGCAAUGCCGAAGUGUGUUCUCAAACACUGCAGCAAGAGCGUUUAAUGUGACGAAAGAACAGCCAAGUUUACUAGCAGAAUGUGGGUUGCUAGAACUGCCAGUAAUCAUGAUGCUUCUCAAUGUGACCGCUAAUGCGGGACAGAAAAUUGGAACAUUAAUUGACUUAGCAUCAGACACUAAUUAUAUAACACACAGUGCUGCAAAUCGUCUGAACCUGAGAGGUGAAAGAAUCACUCUUGUCAUCCAUGGAGUCGGAGGGAUGAAAGUUUGUGUAAAGACCAAGCGGUAUCUUCUAAAAAUCAGAGUAAGAACUCUCCAGGGCACUCUCAGGUCACAUCAGUUGGCUUGCUAUGGAUUAGAAAGCAUCGCCGAGAUUCACAAAACAGUGCUGGCUGAGCAAUUGCAAAAUUUCUUUCCAGAUGUUCCCCUUGUCGAACUUGAGAGGCCUAAAGUAGUCGAGCUGCUUAUAAGCCAUCGAGAAGGCCAGCUAGCCCCACAGAGAGUCAGGGUGGUUGGAGACCUGGUUCUAUGGGACGGUCCCCUGGGAAAGACAGUUGGAGGAACUCACCCCAAGCUUUUCGAAGAGGUUGCUGUAUCAGCUCACAGGUCCAAAACGCACUUCGCAAGGUCGAUGAGAAUGGCAGCUGUGAAGUAUGAGGAAGUAACAGAGUACUGUCCACCAAACAAGCCAUUAGCCAGAUUUCAUGAAUCAAGCACACCAACCAGCACCCGAGACUUUCUGGAGUGGUGGAAGUGGGAUUCCAUUGGUGCAGCAUGUGAGCCUAAAUGUGGUGGCUGUCGCUGUGGAAAUUGCCAACCUGGUGGGAAGGAAAUGACUCUUGCUGAGGAGAGGGAACUCGAAAUAGUAAGAGAAGGCCUCUCUUAUGUCAUAGAAGACAACCACAGCAAAGAACCACACUGGCACGCAAAGUAUCCUUGGAUGGAGGACCUAGCUUCCUUGCCAGACAACAGGAGUGCAGUUGAGGCUACGUUCUUGAGGAUGGAAAAACAGCUAGCCAAAGAACCUGAAUGGAAGGCUGCUUACAGCGCUCAGGUGCAGGACAUGCUUGACACAGGGGCUGCAGUAAAGUUAUCCAAAGACGCAAUUGCUAAUUGGAUUGGGCCUGUAUGGUAUGUAAGCCAUCUUAUUGCUCCUAACCCUCACUCAGUCACAACACCAGUGAGGCUUGUUUGGAACAGCAGCCAAAGAUUCAGAGGUGUCAGCAUGAACGAUUUGUUAGUGAAAGGUCCAGACUUUCUUAACCAGAUACGUGCUGUCCUGCUGAGGUUCAGGAGUGGAGUGUACGCGGCAUUAGGGGACAUCAAGAAGAUGUACAAUUCAGUUUGGUUAGAGGACAGAGAAAUGCAUCUACACCGAUUCCUUUGGCGAAACUCUGAAGACAAGGAGCUGGAGGAAUAUGCAGUCACACGAGUCAACAUUGGAGACAAACCAGCAGGGUGCAUCGCGCAGCUAGCAAUGCGUGAAACUGCUAAUUUGCCAUCCUUUGCUCACCUUGAGGAAGAGCGCAGAGUGCUCCAUCAAGACAGCUAUGUUGACGACAUUCUCACGUCCCACAACGACUUUCACCAGCUGAGGUCCAUCACUGCAAAUGUGGAGCUGAUCUUAAAGGCAGGAGGGUUUCUUCUUAAGCCAUGGGUAUUCUCAGGUCAAAGUGGGAGGGGUGACCCAGAAAAUGAGCCCUCUGUAAUCAAGGAAAAGAUCAUGGUUCUACCAAACCAAAUGCACGAGGACGACAAUAAAGCACUUGGCCUGGGUUAUGACGUGGAAGAUGACAAGCUCCAUGUGAUGACAUCAAUCAAUUUCUCAAAGAGAAAAAAGAAAAUGAGACUAGGUCAAAAUCUCUCACAAGAGCAAGUCAGAACCCAGACACCGAAUCCACUGACACGUAGGGAGUUGUUGAGUCAGAUAUCAGGGGUGUAUGAUCCGGUAGGCCUAGUGACUCCCGCCAAACAGAAGGGGGCAAUUCUAGUCCGCAGAGCUUUCCAAGAGGCAAAAGAUGGAAAGGUUCCAGUCAGUGAAAGUUGGGAUACUGCCCUCUCGGACGGUCUAAGAGAAGACGCGGUUAAGCUCUUUGAGGAAUACGUCCAGCUUGGCCAGAUUCAAAUUCCCUAGGGCUUUAACUCCUCC